AUGACAGCCGGCUCCAGUGUCCGCGCUGGAGUCUCUGUCCGCAGCGAUGGCCCCAAUGAUGGCGCCCCCGACACCCCGCAAGCACCCAACAAGGCACCAGCCACGGGCGUCCAGGCUGCGGGCAUGCGAGCCGUCGCCGCCAGGAUGGUUGCCUUUUACUUCCGAGCGCCUGUAAAGGCCUUCUUUAGGGGCAGGAUCGACUACAUGGGCUAUGCCAGAGCCAUCAACCCACAUGUCAUGGCUGAUGCAAAGUGGUCGUGGAGAAUGACUACGCCUGCCGUGCUUGCACAUGCCAUACGCACCGAAGGAUGGGGCUUCAUACCCAAGCAGGUACUGCCGCCGCUUAUGGCGAAUACAUGCAUUGGUGCAGUUCUGUAUACGACAUACCUCCACAGCCUGUCAGCCCUCCACGAGCCAUCCUCUUACCAGACCAAGCGUGUAUACCCUCCCCCACCUCCGUCUGUCACCUUUACUGCAGGAUUGAUUGGUGGAGGUAUUCAAUCAGUAUUCGCCGCUCCAUUCGACGCCCUCCAAACCCGCUUCCGCACCGCCGACAUCCUCGAAGGCAAACACAAGACCAUGUGGCACUACGCAGGCUACAAGCUACGCUCAAUUGGUUUGCAGGGCAUUUUUGCUGGCUGGACCCUGAGCUUCCUCAAAGACGCCUUCGGCGCAGCAGUCUUCUUCGGCACCUUUGAGACUGUCAAAAGCCAGGCAUACCUCGAAUUUGUUUCACAUUACUACGGCAGCCGAAGUCGUGACACGUUACUGGAGAGCUCUAUUCCCUAUCUGCAGGAGGACUACGAUGAUCGUCCAGUCAUACGGCCACAUUACAUGCUGGAGCCCAUGUUUUUGCUCUUGGCCGGCAUCUCAGCAUCAGUAACAUCUCAGCUCAUCCAACACCCCCUUAUGGAAAUCCAGGACGUCCACUAUCGCCGACUUGAGGCUCUCGAUUUUCAGGCUCAUCAGGACAACAAGCCCUCGCAUAUUGUCCGAAGAUAUUACCAUGCCUAUGAAGAGACAUUUGCGCAAUGCAGGGUUCUGGCCAAACGUGUUGGAGGAUGGAGAAGCUACCUCUACCGCGACUUCUUCAUGAGCACGAUAAAGCAAACGCCCAGUACAGCUGCUGGACUCAUCGUGUUUGAAAUUGUACGCCGAAAGUAUUCUUUCGAGAACGAGGAGGUCAUGAUCAAUCAUGAAGAUGCACGUAUUCUGUUGUCAUGAAGAACCGGUUCAUUGUAGAAUUGCGCAGCAUCUUGCAUAAGAUACCCAGGGGCGGAUUGUAGACAGAUAGACCAGUUGUUCAUAAUUGUAUAUAGGCAAAUCUCGCAUCACAAUUUACUGAAUUAAAGA